CCGUCAACCUUGGUUGACAUCGUUUCCUCGCCGCGGCACGCCAAUUACGGGGGAGUCUCGAAUCCAAACAGACGAGAACUCUGGCGACAGAUGGGGCGACUGGCUCUCCAUGCUGCAAGGGUUGCGACCUGGCCUUUCGUGGCCCUCUUGAGGCAUGAACGAAGCGUGAUAACGGGCCGCUAUUGGCUGGAAGACCAGAUGAGUGCGCCCGAGACGCCUAGGUACACACAGUCCACCGAGAGACCCGUGGGCUCGCUUUCUUUUCCCGAGCUGGCCCUAGGCGCCGUCAUGGCCAGACAAGACCAAACACGACCAAACACGGCGGGGGAGGCCGCUGGAGGAGAUGUGAACGAGAGUUCAGUCAGUAACUAGCGCGCGGCGCGUUCGCCUUCUUCCCCGACGCCUGAGUCGCACAGGGUCACGCACGUUGGGUGUCAAAC